AUGGCUACGCCUACUGUUUAUCCCAACAGCCAUGUUGGUUUUGAUAGCAUCACCUCCCAGAUCGAGAAAAAGCUGUUGAAGAGAGGCUUCCAGUUUAAUGUCAUCUGCGUCGGUCAAACUGGCUUGGGCAAGUCGACUCUGAUCAACACCAUCUUCGCCUCCCACCUCAUCGACUCUAAGGGUCGUAUGCUUCCCGAUGAGCAGAUUCGGACUACUACCGAGAUCCACCCCGUGUCACACAUCAUCGAGGAGAAUGGUGUCCGUCUACGACUGAACAUCGUCGAUACACCAGGCUACGGCGACCUGGUCAACAACGACCGCUGCUGGGACCCUAUCGUCAAGUAUAUCAAGGAUCAGCACUCCGCGUAUCUGCGAAAGGAGCUCACAGCACAGCGAGAACGUUACAUUCAAGACACCCGUAUCCACUGCUGCCUUUUCUUCAUCCAGCCUUCGGGACACUCUCUCAAGCCUAUCGAUAUUGUCGUCUUGAAGAAGUUGUCAGACGUUGUCAAUGUCGUCCCCGUCAUUGCCAAGGCCGAUUCCUUGACCCUCGAGGAGAGACAGGCCUUCAAGGAACGCAUCAAGGAGGAAUUUGCCUUCCACAAUCUUAAGAUGUACCCGUACAAUAACGACGAACUUGACGAUGAGGAGCGCGCGAUCAACAACCAGAUCAACAGUCUUGUACCUUUCGCUGUUGUCGGCUCGGAGAAGUCCAUUAUUGUUAACGGCCAGCAAGUCCGUGGACGCCAAAACCGAUGGGGCGUGAUCAACGUCGAAGAUGAGACUCAUUGUGAAUUCGUCUAUCUCCGUAACUUCCUACUUCGGACACAUCUCCAGGAUCUCAUCGAAACUACGUCUCAGAUCCACUACGAGACUUUCCGUGCUAAGCAACUGUUAGCGCUAAAGGAAAGCAGUGCUCAGGGGCACGGAAGCAGACCCAUCAGCCCUGCUGCUGACCGAGAAAUGAGCAGGAGCUCUCAACGUAUGACUAUGAACGGCUACUAA